CGUGUUUCCGCCUAUGCCAACGAAAGGGCGGAAGAAGAAAGGAAAGAAAAUGAAUUCAGAAUGUCGAAGGGUUACGGCAGUAGCAGUUAUUGGACCGACGCAAAACAAAUCUUGGCUGCCAAAGAAAAAAGUCAGUGUUUCCUUCCUGCAUCGGGCAAUAAGCAGUGCCGGAUUAAAUCCGGCGUCGACGGUAAGUGUUCUGAAAAAAGGCUUUUCACGCACUUGCAGCACUUCCUGGAUGACGUUGCAAAAGAGCCUGCCAGGAUAAUAUCCUCUGCGCUCGGAGCCGGGGAGGUGUCGGAACCAGCGAAGGGGUCAUCGACAAUUAAUGUGAAUGCGCACUUUCAGUUCGAGUUGAAAGACGCUCACCUUGUUGCAGAUUCUCGGUCGUUUCUGGCGAAAGCAAAUGACGGCGAAAAGGCGCGUUUGAGGGACGGAGGCGAAAGCAACAAACUAGCGUCGAAAACCAGUGACAAAGAAGUCGAAUUUUCAAAAGGGGCCAAUGCUCAGCAGGAACCCGCGAUUGGCGAAAGGAUUUCGCGUCCAGCAACAACCACUCGCAUCAUUCCGAAGAAGGACCUGAUUGAGUACGAAAUGUUCUUCCACGACUUGCCAGACCCCGAGACGCGGAUCGGCGUGACGCCCUGGACUUACGAGAGCUGCGGCAGCGCUAUUCGCGAUCAAUCAUGGAUAUUUCCUCUUUUCACCCAUUAUAGUGCAAAAGAACUGCAGUCCACUGCUGGCGACGGGACCAGCAGCUCGCAGAGCGACGCGCAAGAAACACCACUGGAAACGACACGGCAGCCCGAGGCAGCGGCAUACCAAACUACGUGUACAGUGGCUGGCCGUGGUGCUGAGUCAGCCAGAGAGCUGCAUGACCAGGCGUUUCGUGCGGUCUCGAAUAGUAACGCGCACACACUGUAUCCGGGAGCGGCGGGCGGAAUCUUGAAGAUUGUUGUGCCGCCAGCGUCCGUCCGCAUUUGCAUGCCGCGAGAUGUUGGCCGUUGGCCAGGGCGUCGAACCCGCCGCGUAUCCGAGGACGGCUCCGAGCGCCCGGUAAAAGACUUGUUUGACUUCUGGCCUAAUACGCUCGCUUUCGAGCUGCAGAAAGCGGGAGGGGAUGAUACAACGAUCUCUCGUUCCCGCACAAGCAUUACGUCGCUUCACGACAUUUCUCUCUUACGAAGAGACCCUAGCCUGGUUUCGUUUUUGUGUGGCGUCGAUGCUUGCGCCAAUUUGCUCCGCUGCGGAGACGACUUUAUCCUGCAGCCCGGUAGGUCUGACGACUUAGCAUGCUGGAAGAGAGAGCUGCGGCGCCCGCACGAGCUGGCGACGCUGAAAGCAAGACUGUUGGAGCGCUUGGACCCCGGGAAUCCGCGACAUCGCUGUCCCUAUCAAGUGCAGGCCGAGCUGCUCGACUGCUUGACUGUGUUCUGGCGCGAAUACAGCUUCCCCGGGAUUUCCUUGGAACAAGUGGGGGACCCCCGGACGGUCCAGCAGCUCUGCACCGUUGUGCGAAUCGAAAUCGUCGAGAGCGAGACUAACAGGAGAAAGAAAGAGCUCCGCACGCAGGAGGAAAAUUUCAAUAAUCUGUUUGCUACGCUCCGGCACCUCUUGUUCGGUUCAGAGCAGGGCCCGGUGCUGCUUCAGCACAAAGACCGGCCUUACCUAAGUAGCGAGCAACAGAAGACCCUGCCUGUGCUGAAAAACGCGCCGCGCUGUGUCACUGCCGGUACGCGUACUAGCAAGCACAAUCGAAUGUUGCACCCCCAAGUCGACAUGCUUCUCCCCGCCAUCGAUUUCAGCUGGAAGCUGGUGUUUCCGGCGAUGGACAUCGGGAAAGAUCAUUUUUUGCACAUCAGCAGCUUGCUGAAACAAGCGGCCGCAAGUCACAAUGUUGGAAUGAGCUGUAGUGUUGGGGUGGCAGGAGUUGCUUCUGCAGGGGUGAUGUCUGGAAACUGCGCACAUGCGACUAGAGGCCCAGGACGAGCUGCAAUAUUGGAGCCCUGUGCGGAUUUGUGUACUUCUGACUUUCAAAAUGCUGCAGGAGUGCGCCCGUUGGAACUUCGCUUGGACGAAGCGACGUUUGAAAAAUCCAUGGGAGGUGCAGUGCUGGGGCAGCGGAUGCUCGCUGCGGUGGCGAUUCGCGGCGGCGUAGACAUCACCGUCCAGUGGUAUCUCGAAGAGGUGCGGGAAUACCCCAAGUCCGCGAAGUUUUGGAGGCAGCAUUUCGAACGAAAAGAGAAGUACCAACAUUUUCACGACUGGGCCCGGCCCCUCGAGUACAAAAAUUGUUGUGAGUUCCACCAGGUGUGCGAAUUUGUCCUGCCGCUCGCGGCCACGCGGCCCAUCGCGGUUUCGCCGGAGUCGUCGACAAAGGAGCAGUUGAUGGAAGCUUCGCACCAGUAUGCAACAGAAGCGUUUCGUCCGCGGCGCGCCCUGGUUUUGUCGCGGCCGCUUCCCGAGAAGUGGCCGGCCUUUCAGUCGCGUCGGGAGCUGCGGACCUUUUUGUUGGCGCACAUCGGGCAACAGUAUGAUCCAGCACAAGAUGACGGCCAUGUCUGGGUGGCGCCAUUGCCUUUGCCCGACGGCGGAGGUACCGAGAGUAGGAGACACACGAAAGUGGAGGUUGAUCCGAGUCUAAUCUUCAUCCCCAUUGGACCACGCAAAGCUGCCAACUCGGAAGCAUCUCCGGACCCGGAGGAGACAGUUGCUAUGGACACAACCAGCGAAGGGCAUGUCGAGGCGAGGUACUACAGUAGGCAAGAGCAGAGAACACUCUAUCGCUACCUGUGUGCAAGGUGUGCAAAUUUGUAUUCGAUUCGCAAUUGUAACACUCAAGAAAUUCAGAAACAGUAUUAGGCGUUUUUGUAGUGUUCUUUCGUAAAAAGAAAUAAAGGAUCACGUUGACAAUGACAAAGCUAUGACAUGCUUGGUUUAAGAUACGCAGUAGAACUCAACAAAUCACUUUCGUUUCUAGGUCGAGUUCGGGUUCUGAAGCAAAAAUCGAGUGCCAAGUCGCACCGGUGGGACCAAACAGGCCGUCCGAAACGAUUGCAGCUAGCGAGACACCGAAAGAGGGCGCAGGUGGAGAAGUUGCUGGUGACACGAAAACGGACAAAAAAAGACAACUCGACGACAUUCCGGAUCCGGAAGACGGGGACUUUGCGGUCUUCCGUCUUGGGGCCGCCUAUCACCUGGAUUUCUCGCGUUUUGGCGGAUGGAAGCCGCCGCGGCACCAGCCGCAGGGAAGAGCGAGUGGAACAAAACAGCAUGCAGAUGACGCAGGGUGCGGCGGGGGCGAGGCCAGCAAAUCGAGGAAGCGAGGAGCCGAUGCGGAGAAAUCGGGAAGGUUUGUAAGUGAAAAUGGAGCUAGCGGUGUUGAAAGUUGUGAAACUGCUGUGGCGCAGAAAAGUAAGUUAAAGGUGGCAAAAACAGAAAAAGGCUUCGUAGCUGCCAAAGAAAAUUCACUCGCAGAUUGACGAAAAGCAUCGUCAUCGUCAUGCUAUGAUGCCGAUACCGCUUUAUUGAGCGGUCUGUCCACUAUUACGUCAGAAAAACUCUUGCGACAGGGUUGACACUUUCAUCGCAUGGAAGCAUCAAGUUCAAAAGGGAGAAGCACGCCCCGGAACCAACUUCGUAGAGCUUCUUUUCAUUCCAUUCAGAAAACGUACGCGCUAUACAGCGAAUGCGAAGCCGGAGAAGUUGUU